UUCGACAGUUUGGACACGUUGUUUUUUGGGUCCUCGGUGACGGUAGUAAGCCAUUCUGGUAUUUGGUGUUCAACCGAAGACAGUCCGCGGUUUGUUAAGGGAAAAUUUCUGAGGUUCUGUUGAGGAGUUUGAAGGUUGGUGGGUGAAGUUGGUUAGUUGAAAAGGGGUUUUCCACGUGUGUUAAGGUGUUUUCCCAAUGUAUGUUGAGGGAAAUCGGCCGGAAGUUUUCGAAGUAAAAGCUCGUGCCUUGUUUGUCACGAAGUAGAAGACGACGGUCAGAAAGUUUGUUCCCUGUAGUUUUGAAGGAUUAAUUAUGGGCACCGGGAAAGUUACUGGUGUCGGUGCUAACUUAUGGGCCUCCGAGGUUCAUCAUCCGGUGUGACAGUUAAUGCUAAUGAUUGGUGAAGCUCCGGUUUGUGUUGUGUUGCUCUAGCCGGUUCGAAGGACCACGUUAAGUGGUUUUUUUCUCAAUUGAGGGAGCGUGGGAGGACGAAGAAGAAGGUUUGCUAAAUUAAAGGAUCGGAUUUUUCCUUCAAGUCUCUAGGGGUUUUUGUUGAAACGACUGGUGGAAUUCCUCAGAGCGAAAGAAACAAGAGCCAUCCGGAUGACUUCGGGCGCUGAUUAACAAUAUUGCGAGCUCACGGUUGGCCUCGUUUUAUUUUCUUCGGAGAUUUGGCCGCUUUUUGGCGUUUUGUUUCUUGGAAAAUUUGUUUCGGAUGGGUCCAGGCUUUUAACGAGCGGCCCCGAAGAAAAAGGUGCGCGUUUGAAUUGUGGAGUGCUGCUAAGCGGAAAAACAAGAGCGCGUGAAUAUUCAAUGAGUCGUGUUGUUUUUCUGAUGAAAUCAUUAAUCACUGGAGGGGGAAAUGGAAUGAAAAAAGUCAUAACCUUUACACCGUUCUUCAAUUGCGGCACGGCGCGGUUUUCGUUCGGCCAUACAAAAGGAGCUCAUUACAAUAAGAAAUCACCCAGAAUGAAUCAUGGCGUGUGAACCGGUCCAAUCACUGGGAAAAGAAUAAUCAAUCAUCAGCCAGAUCCGGUUCGUAAAACCACCGGAGAAGAGAAUCCGCUGCCAAGAGAAGAAAAUCACCCCGGAAAAGGUGCAUCGUCAGCCAAGAUUUUCGGAAAUCAAUUUCCGGAAAUUAUUCCUCUUGAAAAGCCGGCACUUCUCGUCGUGGGAAUCUCUCAAAGUGACGUAUGUGUGUUAUUUCGGAAGAGAGAAAGCGAAAAUACCACUCAAGUGCGAUGGAUGGUUAAAGUCAACUUUUUCUGAGAAACAAACCACCCUUGAAAAAAAUCCACACAUUUUAGCUACUAGCAAAUACGUCAGCCGCCUGUCAACGGAAAACAUAUAUUCAGUUCUUCCUCGAUUCAAGGUUUUGGGAAGCUGCCUUGAAGGGUGAAAGCAGUAAGUGAUGAUCAGUCUUUCGGAUGUGCCAGAAGUUGGCUUUUUCCCACACAUUUCCACCCACUACCAAGUUUGAUACCUUAGCGAUGAAACAGUGUUUUUGUUGAGCGAAACUGGUCGCUGAAGCUGAUAGAAGAAGAUUCUGCUGCUGGUGAAGAUGAUGAUGAUGAUGAUUGUGCAAUAAAUUCUAUCCGAGAACGAGAAUUCGGAAUUCCGAAAGCUUUUAAAUCCAGGGCCGGGUGGGUGUCAGAGCAGAGCUCAGCUGGGUUGCUUUUGGUGUUGAUUGAAAGCUAGGCUUCCGUUUGAGCAGAAAGCUGCUUGAAGAAAUUUGUGAAGAUUUAUCCACGUAUGUAUAGCUACCGAUACCGGGCCAAGUGUAUGAAUGACGGCUGAUGACGAGUGAAUUUCAGGGGUUCGGAAGAGUGAAGUGUUGAAGUAGAAUAAGAGUGUCAUCGUGUCAGUAGGACACCCGUCUGUACGUACAGAAAAGGUUGAGCCCGUUAAACCGAAAGUGUUUGCGAACAGGUUCUUCACAAAUUGUCACGUUAUAAUCCGGCGACGGAAGGAUUACCCGAGUGCGCUGUCAACUAUUGCCUUCUCAAGCAGGAAGAUAGCCGGCUAGCGAGAACAUUUUGUAUUCCCGUUUCGUUUAUCGGAAAUGCAAUCCGGAUGCUGUCCCCAUUUGUGUCAGAACCAGCGAAAAACGAUCCGGGCACCAAUACUGGAAAGCAUCAUCAGCAACAACAGCAACAAAACAGUCAUCAAAAAUCAAACCAUCAAAACGAUGCAACUAGUAUGCAAAUUCGUCCGAUGAGACCCUCGAUUGCGGUUCCCCGGGAGGUCAUCGUCAACGGUUGGACGUUCCAUCAGAAGAAAUCCGCGAAACGAGUCAGCCGACAACGAAGCGAAUGCAUCAUCAUUAUUCGGCGAGCAGGAAGCACAAAAAUGUCCCACUCGGUUGGCUCCAACAAUGACCGUUAAUCGUGCCGGUAAUGAUGAUGAUGCUCUGCGACAUCUGGCAGCUUUGCGUCCUAUAGCUGAGGACCACGACCGGGAACUUGUGGACCGAACCUCCGAAAGCGGUCCAGCUGAUUCUGAUUCCGAAGCUGAUUCCGACUCGGAUAAAACAUUCACUAGACGACCCAUCGCCAGAGGAAGAAGUCGCAAACUAACGUCGGACAUCGGAUCCGGCUACUACUGGCCAUCUGUGCUGCUGACGCUUCUGUUCUACCUCCUGAUUGUGGACGACACCCGGAUAGGCCAGGUUCUGGCCAAAAAUGAGAAGGAGAAUUUCGUCAAAACGUCUGAUGUCGAAGCAAUUGAGGAUCAUCAAGCCAAUCUAUACUGUCCACUUUUAGCGUCUAAUCGCGACAAAAUCAACAUGGUGCUUUGGUUCAGAGACAACGCGGGGAUCCCGUUGUACAGCCUCGACGUCCGGGGGAAAUCUCUGACCGAUGCCCAACACUGGUCCGCACCGCAAGUAUUCGGAACCCGGGCCCGGUUCGUUAUCGAAAGUGAUCCCGCUUAUUUGGAAUUGAACGAAAUUAAGCGCCAUGAUCAAGGAAUCUAUCGGUGUAGAGUCGAUUUUCAAAACAGCCAAACGCAGAGCUUUCGCUUCAACCUUACCGUCAUCAUUCCACCCGAAGCGCCGGUGAUUCUGGAUCGAUGGGGACGCGUUAUCAAUAGUACAAUAAUCGGACCGAAGGAGGAGGGCGAUGAUAUACUGCUCACCUGUCGGGUGGUUGGAGGACGACCGCAGCCCGAUGUGCUCUGGUUCAUCAACGACAACCUGGUGGACAACCAGAUCGAGCAGAACACCGGCAACGUCAUCGAGAAUCGGCUCCUGUGGACGUCGGUUCAGAGGCACCAUCUGCACUCGGUUUUCACCUGCCAGGCCCGGAACACCAAGCUGAUGCCGCCGCGGAUCAGCAAGUUCACCCUGGACAUGUACCUUAAACCCCAAUCGGUGAAGAUCCUGAACUCGACCCUGUCCCUGGCCGCCCACAAGGAGUACCGGAUAGUGUGUCAAACGAGCGGAGCCCGGCCGGAUGCUGUAAUAUCGUGGACCAAGGGCAAAAAGUCGCUGAAACGCUUCAAGGAGCACGUGAUCCGCAAUACCACCUACUCGGUGCUCAGCUUGGUGCCGACGGUCGAGGAUGAUGGCCGGCUACUGGGGUGCCGGGCGGAGAAUCCCAAAGUUCCCGGGCUCUAUCUGGAGCAGUUCCAGAACAUCAGCGUACACUAUCCUCCGGUAGUAACGCUGCAGCUCGGAUCAACACUGGCCAUCGACGACAUCAAGGAGGGGGACGACAUCUAUUUCGAAUGCAAGAUACAAUCAAACCCGGCCUGGCGGCGUCUCUCUUGGCUGCAUAAUGGAGUUCAACUACCUCAGAAUUCAUCGUCUACGAAGAUCGUGCGGACUGGGCAAAGUCUGGUGAUUCAGAAGGUGACUCGCAGCUCAAGUGGUCCAUAUCAGUGUGGGGCCCUCAAUAGUGAGGGUGAAACGCUGAGCAACGCUAUAGUGCUGAACAUCAAGUAUGUUCCCAUCUGCGACACCGACAAAAUCGUCAGCCUCGGCGUUUCGAUCGACGAGACAGUACUGAUUAGUUGUAACAUCAUCACCCAUCCACCCGCCAGCCGAUUUUACUGGCGCUUCGAGAACUCCGAAGAAGUCAUCGAAAUCGACCCGUCCCGGUUCAACAACAACGGAACCAGUAGUCUGCUGGAGUACACCCCGAGCUCGGAUCGGGACUACGGAACCCUGUCCUGCUGGGGGACCAACGAAAUCGGAACCAUGGCUGAUCCCUGCAUCUAUCAGCUCAUCACGGCCGGGUUGCCAACAUCCGUCAUCAACUGUGGCUGGAGCAAUACGAGCACCUCGGUCGAUGUCAACUGCCAUGCCGGCUACGAUGGAGGCCUCCGGCAACAGUUUGUGCUGGAAAUGUUGUCCAGUGGGAGUCCCGGAUUUGGAAUUAAUCUCACGAAUUCGGAGGAGCCCACAUUUACAACCUCGCUGGGCGCGCUACGGGAAAAGCUGCCAAACCCAAACCAACCGGAUACGCUCAAACUUUUCGCGUACGCCGUGAACCAGAAGGGCAACAGCCAGCGAGUCUACAUAACCGAUCUGCUAAUUCCGGCCGUCGAAGAGCAGGAACAGCCGGACGGGCGCAAUUCCUCACUUCUGACGCCGAUACUGAUCGGUUUGCUCGUUACCAUUCUGCUCAUCAUCAUCGUUAUAGUGGUUAGAAUUUAUCUGAAAUCGAAAAGACUUAAACAAACUAUUGAUAAGGAAAAGCGCUACACGGAGGAGUCCAAAAAUACGCUUCUGUUGAUGGAUCAGUCCAAGAAGGAGAAAUCUCAAAAGGCUUCCAAGUGGAAAAAUAGCAUGGGCAGUAGUAUUAAAACGAGGAAUAAAAUAGAAACCAUAGACGACGAGCAGGAUCCCGACUUAAUUCCCUACCCCCGACUUACCGACAUCCAGCAGGAAGAGCUGAUCCCGAUGACGUCGGAGUUUUCGUUCCGUCCCAAAACGGUCCGGUUGCCACCGCCGCCGAGCACUCCCAUCACCACCACCACUUCCAGCUCAUCGACAACGGGUGGCGGCGGAGGCGGAGGAUCAACUCUGGGGGCAACGACCUCAACGACCACCACCACCACCACGAUCCUGAGCUUCCGGGACGAGGACAUAUCCGAGGCCGAAAUCAACCUGAAAGGAAUUGAAGACUUCCUGAUGACGAACCACGUGCCGGAGAGCUGUGUGUGAUAUCGAUACCACGUGGCUUUCGGUUACGCGUUACUUUUCUAGAUUCGACUUAAGUCUCAUGACCCUAAAAGCAAUUCCCAUUUGUUAUUUGAAAUUGAGAGAAAAACCGGAAGGAUUAAAAAUAACUAACCAGAACAAUAUUCGAAAUUAAUCGCUGUCCAUUUAAUUUCUUAUCCAGUUUUUUGUAUAAAAACAGAACUCGUUAUCGAAACACGUUUUCAAAUGUUAUUUCAUGGUAAAGUUGAUAUUAUUUUACUGUUCUUAAAUCAACCUCUCACUUAUUCCAUUCUUUAACCAUCAAUCAACUAUUGUUUCUCUUUAUCUCAAAUAUUCUGCUCUCAAAGCAUUCUCUCAUCAGAAAUGUGUUCGGUUUUCAGUGUUUAGCGUGUAAGUUUUUGAAUGUGCUUGAGUAUGCUCUAUUGAAUGUUCUACAAAACUCCGAUUAUCGACACGAUAUGUAUGUAUGUGUGUGCGUGUAAAAACUAUACGAUACGCAGAAGAUAAACCUAACAAAAAUGUGCUCUUUGUUACCAUAAUUCUUUCGUUUUCUUCUGAUAAGAUAUGUGACAAAAGAACAAAAUGUAAACUUUUAUGGCUCUACAACUACGUGAUAGUGUAUAAGUAAAAAAAAAACCUAAAAGCAGAUAACAGCAGAAAAUCUAAGAAUAAAGUUGGGAAAGAAUGUUAUAUAUUUAGGAAAAAACCUCCCCUGUUCUGUAAAAUUCGUCGAAUGGCUUAAUCAUUAAACUUUUAUUUUUUUCAAUUUUCUCUCUCCUUUGAAUGAAAAAUGGAAGGCCAAUUUAAGUUUCAAGAUAUAUGAUUUCAAAGAUUCACUGUAGUUAUAAAGAAUUUUCGUUUUGUAAAUAACCUCUAUAAACAUUUUUCAUCUCAAUAAGUUAAAUUAUACUACUUUUCAGUAUCAGCCUAAUCAACGACAACUAGUUAAAAAACAAAUCCUAAAAGCGAAUUUCAACAACGGAAAGCACACAAAAAUCGACGCAGUAAAAAAUCUUGAAAAUGAAAACAAUAAUCUAGGAACUCGUAAAAAGGGGCAGCGCAAAAAAAACGUACGAAGCAGAUACACUAGCGAAAGACACACAAACGACGAAAUAUGUAAGCUAGACACAAGAGAAAGAUGAAAAAAGGAAUAGCUAAAGGUUAUAAAAAUUAAUCUAUAUUCAAUAUGGAAGUGUACCUAAAAGAUAUAUUAUUGUACUAUUAUUGCUAUUGAAAGUAUUAUUGAGAAAACAAAAGAUUGUUUGUAUAAUAAAGAUUUUUUAUGAAAAUAUUA